AUCAUAAGCUGUCAUUAGGCUACAUUGUAUGAACAGAUAAGACAUUUAUUACAGGGCCCGUCCUAGACAUACGGGGAAGAUUAUCGGUGCAUUCAUGCGUUAUUACAAGAAAAAGACAGACGGAGGAGGGGAGGGGAGUGGUGGUGGUGGGGGGGCAGCCCCGGCGCAGGGAUGGGUCUAGUGCGCGUCUAACCUAUAAUAUUUCCUGGAGUCUCAGGUAUAAAUAGGCUCAGGACUCGGGGAGAAGAGCAGACACCGACACAGCCCAGCAUAUUUCAACACCACCUCUCCCCGAACGGGAUCUAUCGUGUUUUAACAAUGCCAGGUACUCUGAGAUCAUGGACAGCUUCUCUGGCGGUUUUGGUAUGCCUCCUGGUUUGCCUUAGCACGUUCGCGGACGCCUAUCCGCCCAAACCGGAGCCCCCAGUCGGAGACGUGGGACCCGAAGAGAUGGCCAAAUACCACACCGCCCUCAGACACUACAUCAACCUCAUCACCAGACAGAGGUAUGGGAAGAGAUCCGCUCCAGAGGUUGCAGUAGCAGAGCUACUGUUCGGAGAUGACUCUGAACAGGACAUCAGACCACGUGCUGAUGACAGCCUGGUGUGGUGA